UCAAUUCUGCAAGUGGUUCUAAUUUACUAUCGGUGUUCUCUAGCUGAUCUAAAACCGCUUUUGACCUAAAGGGACGCUUUUUGGACGCCAUGGACAUUUCUCAGUUUCCAGGCAGAAAGAACAGUAAAAAUGCAGGCAGGGCACAGGACAAAGCACUCGGGACAAAAUGUAUGUGAAAUGGGUUGAUACAUAAAUGUCACUUUUUGUCAUUUUCAAAUUUCCCGCCGUUCCGUCCCCGUACGUCCCGACACUCGUAGGGGACGGAACCCAGAUGACAGAUGCCGGCAUCUGCCGGAUUACAUUGCCGGGGACACUGCAGGAGGGACAU